GAAUGAUAACAUUUUGAUAAAUAAACAAUUAUAAAUGAAAUAUUUAUGUGCAUAACUGUAUUAUUAUUUAUGGUAUUAAUUGUUAUAGGUUUGAAUCUUCUACGUCAUGUUACAACGAAAAUUAAUGAAAAUUACAUGGUGUAGACUUCGUAAACAAUAUCUACACAGUACAAAGUGUUUAAAUGAAAGUUCAAAAAAACAUGAUGUUAAAAAGAUACGUAAUAUUGGAAUUUUGGCCCACAUUGAUGCAGGCAAAACAACAACAACUGAAAGAAUGUUAUUUUAUUCCGGACUUAUUAAAAAUAUGGGAGAAGUACAUCAUGGUAAUACGGUGACGGAUUAUAUGGAACAAGAACGUCAACGUGGUAUAACGAUAACUUCAGCUGCAGUUACAUUUAAUUGGAAAAAUUAUCGCUUUAAUUUAAUCGACACACCUGGACACAUAGAUUUUACUAUGGAAGUAGAACAAGCAUUAUGCGUUAUGGAUGGUGCUGUUGUUAUACUUGACGGAUCAGCUGGUGUCGAAGCUCAGACGUUAACAGUUUGUCGACAAGCAGAUAAAUAUGAAAUACCUAAAAUUAUUUAUAUCAAUAAAAUGGAUCGACCGGAUGCAAAUCUUGAAGAAUGUUUAAAAUCUAUAGAAUUGAAAUUAGAUUGUAAUGCAUUACCGAUACAAUAUCCUAUAAAAAAAGGAGAUGUUUUGGAAGGUCUGAUAGACAUCAUAGGUUUAGAAAAACUAAUAUUUAAUAAAAAAAGUCAAGGACUUGAUUUCCUAAGAAAAAAAUUAACACAGAGCGAAGACAAAGAUUUAUGGGAUAUGGCAAACGAGAAACGUGAAAUAUUGAUAGAUAAAUUAUCUAAUUUAGAUGACAAAUUAGCAGAUGUGAUUAUAGAAGAAGAAUCACUUAAUAAAAUAACAGAUCAAGCAAUAUGUGAAUCUUUAAAAAGAAUUACAUUAUCGAGAAAAGGUGUACCUGUUCUUAUCGGUAGUUCUUACAAAAAUAUUGGUGUACAACCUUUAAUGGAUAGCAUCAUAUUAUAUUUGCCAUUUCCAGAUGAGUCUAAAAACGAUUAUCGUUGUUUCCAAAAUAAUUUAUCUGCACGUGUAUUUAAAAUCGUACACGAUAAACAAAGAGGAGCCAUAACUUUUUUCAGAAUUUAUACCGGUACUAUGAAGAAAGGCGAUAAAAUAUAUAAUGUUGGAAAAGAAAAGGUAGAACAAAGUAGUCGUUUAUAUCUUGCCUGUGCAGACGAUUACGAAGAAAUUAAUGAAAUUAAUAAUGGUAAUAUUGCAGCUGCUACUGGAUUACAAACUACUGUUACUGGUGAUUUGAUAACUACUAGUGCUUCAGUAGCGAAGCAAGCACAAAAAAAGCUGAAAACAUCUACUGAAUCAUCAUCUGAAAGAAAAAUGGAUGUUUUUACUUCUGGUACUACAAUACCGGAUCCUGUCUUCUUUUGUUCUAUAGAACCACCAUCUCUGUCGAAACAAGUACCUUUAGAAAUCGCAUUAAAAGAACUCGAAAGAGAAGAUCCUAGUUUAAAAGUAAAACAAGAUGAAGAAACUGGUCAAACUGUACUGGCUGGAAUGGGAGAAUUGCAUAUUGAUAUUAUUAAAGAAAGAAUUAGAACAGAAUAUAAAAUCGAUGCUGAUCUAGGUCCCUUGCAAAUAGCUUAUAAAGAAGCAAUAACAAAAUCAGUCAAAGACACUUUCUCUUCUGAAUACAAAAUAGGAAAAACUUUUCAUAGUGUUAGUAUAACUAUGUCAUUAAUACCAAACUACAAGGAAAAAGAAAUGUUACAAUUAGAUCAUACAAGAGAAUCUGCAUCUAAUAUUGAUGAUAUAUCGCCAAAGAUGAUGGUAGCCAUUAAAAAAAGUGUUAAACUUUCUCUUAUGAAUGGUCCAAAAUUAAACUCUCCUGUUAUAGAUACUGGAGUUAAAUUACAUUGGUUAGAAAUACGGAAAGGUACAUCGGACACAAUUGUCGCGGCUGCAGUUUCACAAUGUAUCAGACGAUUGAUGCAGAAUGGAGAAAGUAUAAUAUUGGAACCAAUAAUGAACGUAGAAAUUGUUGUAAUAGAUGAAUAUUCAUCUGCAACACUUGCAGAUCUUAAUAAACGAAGAUGUGAAAUAAAAAAAGUUGAUACACGUGGACGAAAUAAGAUUAUUACUGCGUUCGUGCCAUUGUCGAAUUUACUUGGAUACUCGACAAAUCUAAGAAUCAUCACGUCUGGAAAUUCGUCAUUUACGAUAGAAUUUAGUCAUUACAAAGCUAUGGAGUCUAAUGAUGAACAAGAAGCUAUUAAAAGGAUAACUGGAUUUUAAUAUUUCGAUUAAGUAUAAUUUAGUUCAAUUAUUUAACUAUUAUUAUAAUUAAAAUACUGUUCAAAAAUAGAUAAUAUGUAUAUAUAUAAAACUAAUCGAUUAGACAGAGAUAUCACUGUAUUAUAAAAGAAAAUAAUUUUCAAUUAAAUUAUCAUUAUUAUUAUUUUUAAUUAUUACAAUUUUCUUUCAGCCUUUCUAUCGGCUUGAUUGCAUGAAAAUAUAUUAUUAUCAUCAUAGUGAUGUAUUACAAUUUUUUAUUCGUCAUUGUCAAUUCUUUUUGUCGACCACUACGCAUGAUGUUGGAAAGCACAAUUUUCAAAUCAUCGCCUUGAUUGCAGUUAUUGUUAUUGUUAUUAUUAUUGUUAUAUUAAAUUAGAGCAAUUUAAAGCGUAUCGUUAGAAAAAAGAAUCAUUUAUUUUGCUUUUUGAACAAAACAAAAACUUACCAGCCACACCACGAGUAGCAGUCGCGUAUAAAUAUAUUAAUAUUGCUUAGAAUCAUACGAAAAGGUCAUACAUAGUAAAAUAUAUGUAUAUAUAUAUAUAUAUAUAUAUAUUAUAUGUAUGGAGGGAUUAAAUGUUGUUUAGCGUCGAAUUAAUUUUUUUUUUUUUUAACAAUCAUCAACGUUGCAUACAAAAUCUACAAAAUACAGAGUGGAUUG